AUGGAGAGACCGGUGAAGGAUGGGAUCCUCUAUGUGCAGCACUGCAAGUUUGGAAAGAGGUCCUGGAGGAAGAUGAGAGCCCAGCUCUUUGCUGCCAGCCCGUCUGGUGUAGCCCGCAUGGAGAAGUUUGACAUGCGGGAUGAUGGCAUGGUGCUGGAGAAGACCUCUCUGCGGCGCUGCCCCCGCCGGGUGAUCCGCCUCUCAGACUGCGUCUCUGUGGGCCCGGCCAGCACAGAGAGCUGCCCCAAAGCCACCGCUGCCUUCUACCUGACCACCACGGAGAAGAGCUAUGUGCUGGCAGCUGAGCAGCGGGACGAGUGGAUCACCCAGCUCUGCCAGCUGGCCUUCCAGGGUGCAAAGGAGAUGGCACAGGGCAACGCCAGGACCCAGCCCAGCCUUGCUGUCCCUAUGGAAGAGAACUCCAUCUACUCCUCCUGGCAGGACUUGACUGAAUUCUUGGUGCUGGUGGUCAGGACAGAUGCAGCCGCCCGCUGCAGCCUGCACGGGCACUACCUGCUCUCAGUCCUGCCCCAGAGCCUAACGCUGAAGGACCUGCAGACCCGCCAGUCCCUGCUCACCUGGCCCUACCUCUUCCUCCGCAAGUUUGGCCAGGAUCAGACCAUCUUCUCCUUUGAGGCCGGCCGCCGCAGCGACUCCGGCGAGGGCACCUUCACUUUCAGCACCCCGCGGGCCCCAGAGCUCUGCCGGGCUGUGGCCGCUGCUAUCGCCUGCCAGCAGCAGGGAAAUGACACCCCAGACCCACAGCUCUUUGCACAGAGCCUUGAGCCGCAGCCCUGGGGCCCUGGGACCGAGGAGCCUCAGCCCAGCCCACCCCUGGGGGUGGCACAGCCUGCCUCCCACUCCUCCACCAGCCUUUGCUUCACUCCGCAAGAGCCGGCAGGCACAGGCCCCAUUGUCUAUGCCUCUAUCGCCCGCGGCCAGCAGCCCCUCUUUGGGCCGGGGCCAUCAGGCCCCAGCGAGCCCUGGGCUGCGGGGAAGUCGCCCCCUGAGCAUCUCUACGAGAACAUCUUCACCACGGAGCUGAGUCCUGCUGGGGCAGAGGAGGAAGAGGAGGAAGGGCAGUGGGAGCUGGGGUCUCGGCAGGCCCCCGAGGGCCACAGCAGCGAGGCAGGUCCCAUCUACGAUAACCAGGCUGCCCUGGCGCAGCUGCCGCGGAGCAGCCCCCAGCCCCCGAAGCAGUGCUGGGGCCGUGGGGGGCAGGAGGCGCCACCGGGACGCCCCGGGCAAAAGCCCCAGAACAACCUCCGAGCCAAGCUGGUGCGGCUGCUCAGCCGGGAGACACCUGGCCCUCGGGACUGGGUCUGAAUGCGGUUCGGCGGCGCGGCGCGGUGCGGUGAAUAAACA